AUGAGCAAGCCGCACAAACCCCGUCUCGCAGCCCGCAUCUUUCCACCGCCAAUCAAAGCCAGCUGCCCAAAGGUGGAUAUGGCCAAUGCGAUCACCAGUUCAGCGAACAGGCCUCAAAUGACGCCACUUCACCGACGGACAUGUGCAGCUCGCGUUCCAACCAUCAUUACGGAUGGUGAAGCCAAGCAGCGCCAUCAGCAGACUGAAAACAGCGAGAGGGCACGUGACGAGGUGCUGAGACAGGGCAUCAAAGUGCGGGAUUUCCAGGUCGAGGCGGAUGCGAGGAGGUAUGAGAGAAGCUAA